AUGUCGUUUGUUCUGCAGGGCUAUAAACCGCCAUGUAACAAGGAUCAGAACAUCAGUGUCCCUAACUUCCACUUCAUGUGCUUGACAGAUAUAACCAAGCAUCUACAUGAUGAAACAAAGCCACCAGAAGUUUGUCAAGUGUACAAAAAAUUAUGUGGGGAAGAUUCUGCCACCACAGCACCACCAAAAACUUCACCAACAACACCAACCAUCGAAGCAACGCCAUCAACACCACUGUCAACAACACCAACCAUUGAAGCAACACCAUCAACACCACUGCCAACAACACCAACGGCACUGCCAACAACGCCAACCAUUGAAGCAACACCAUCAACAGCACCAACCAUUGAAGCAACACCAUCAACACCACUGCCAACAACACCAACCAUCGAAGCAACACCACUAACAGCACCAACCAUUGAAGCAACACCAUCAACAGCACCAGCCAUCGAAGCAACACCAUCAACAGCACCAGCCAUCGAAGCAACACCAUCAACAGCACCAGCCAUCGAAGCAACACCAUCAACAGCACCAACCAUUGAAGCAACACCAUCAACAGCACCAGCCAUCGAAGCAACACCAUCAACAGCACCAACCAUUGAAGCAACACCAUCAACAGCACCAGCCAUCGAAGCAACACCAUCAACAGCACCAGCCAUCGAAGCAACACCAUCAACACCACUGCCAACAGCACCAACCAUCGAAGCAACACCCUCAACAGCACCAGCCAUCGAAGCAAUACCAACCAUUGAAGCAACAACAAAAAACCCAAGCACAGCAUCAACAACAUCGUCAACAACAAGUACAACAGCAGCAUCAUCCCUGGUGAAUUCACAGCUGAAGAGUUGUUCACAGGAAGAAAUAUGUUCUGAAAAAGAAACAGGAAAUGACAUCCAAAAGAUUGUAAUAGGAUUUCUUAUCAUGACGAACAUCAUCGUCCCCAUGGCUAUUUAUCUGUACAUGCGUAACCAGAUUCAACAGAUUCCAAACUUGAGGGAAGAAGUAAGAAUGACAGAGAUACAGCAAAACACAUUUCCCAGGGAUGUUGAAGAGGGUUCCAUUUUAUUAACGACGCCCGAGAGUUCCAUCAUCAUAAAUUCACCUGAAACCACCAUAAUUCAAAGCCCUUGCCCAAAUAGAACACACCAUUUGAAGUUCUGAGCUGCUGAGAAUCUGGAUAAAUCUGGAUACGAGGAUCUGCCUUACACAGCUUCGUAACAGUCCAGGUGAAGUAAAGGUAGUCUGUGAAUGCCUCUGCGCCCAAAGGUGGAUAAGCUUCCAAUGUGAAGACGAGUGAGACCAAACAAGCCGCAGCAUGCCUGUUCAUGUAACUGCUCUGCAUUCGCACAUCAAGAUGGUUUUCUGUCCGCCUCAUGCAAAAAGUUUUACUGCUGUGCUGGUUUUAAGUGACCAAGGUCUUGCCAGAAGAAGUGCACUGCAGAAAGUCCGUUUUAACACAAGCAAUAACGAGUUGGUUUUUGGUCAUAUUUAGAAUAAUUUUAAACACAAAGACCCAGAUUAUGCAUGUAGUCAGUGAACAUAAAUAUAUGUGUGUGUGUGUGUGUGUGUGUGUGUGUGUGUGUGUGUGUGUGUGUGUGUGUGUGUGUGUGUGUGUG